AUGGGUAACAGCCAUUCGUUGUUAACGACGGUUGUACCUAGGGGAGGGUCCCUUGGAUCGGUGAAGCUGGACGAGGACCAGAUCGCGGAGCUCCAUGAGAUCUUCCGCUCCUUCGACAAGAACAGAGACAGUAGCCUCACCCAGCUCGAGCUCGGCUCGCUCCUCCAAUCGGUCGAGCUCAAGCCCAGCCCCGAGCAGCUCGAGACACUCACCCAAAGGCCCGACACCAACAACGACCUCAUGGAGUUCUCCGAGUUCGUGGCCCUCGUGGCACCCUCGAUCCUCCCUAACCCCUACAAGUCUCCCUACUCGGAGGAACAGCUGAGGCAGAUCUUCAAGCUGUUCGAUCGGGAUCGGGAAGGGACGAUGAACAGUGUGGCUUGA